CUUUUUUCAGCUUAAAAAACAAAAACAGAGCUAAGUCCAAUGGCUGAAACUACUGUAACUGUCGUUGCAACCAAACGCGAUGCUCUAGACCCUUACAUCAAGAUCAUCCAAAGUCGAUCACUCGACAUCGAUGUCUCCUUCUCCUCAUACCUCAAGCCAGACAACAACGAACAAAAGGAGCAAGAAGAGGCUGAGAUAAGCAUAUUCGAAGCUCGAAGAUACUUUAACGAAAGCGGAACGACGAAUCUUAGUGGUCCAAGAUUCUCUACGGCUUCAUCUGCAAAAGUGUCUUCUUUUACCGUGGGACACACGGCAUCAUCUGAAGCUAGCUGGAACAGCCAAACCGGUUUGCUCCGUAACAACAAUAACAACCGACAAAAAUCGGACCGUGACGGACGUGGAAGUAGCAAGAAAGGCCACAGAUGGUUUUUCAGACGCAGGACUUGUCCCUGUUCUAGCUCCAAGUCGGUCCAGGUCCAAGAAACCAAACCAAGAAUUGCAGAGUCCAUAACCGGUUCAGACCGAACCAUAUCCAACCGAGUUAUUCAUCAUAAUCAUCAGAGGAUAUCAUCUUCUGAUCCAAUUAGAUUAACGAUCCCUUCAAACAGAGAAUCUAGAGGUCACGUUAGUAACUUCACCUUCCCGACUCUAACCGAACCGAUUAAACCGGCUUUGAAUCCAAUCGAACCGGUUCUGCAUCCGAUUAAACCGGUUUUGAGUCCUACAAGUCCCAAGGGAGUUACUACUACAGACGAAGAAGCCGCGAGUGACGCAAGCUCCGACCUCUUCGAGAUAGAGAGCUUCUCUACUCAACACAUAGCUCGUCCGUUUGCUCCACCAGCAGCUGAUAGCGUCAGAAACUCGAUAGACGAGACGGUGACUGAGUACGGUUACGAGCCGAGCGAAGCAAGUGUCACUUGGAGCGUUACAACCGCAGAACCGGUUUCGAGAAUGGCGAAUAACUUCUCAAGAAUCGGUUUGUCGCAACCGUCCCUGGUUAGUGACGGUCAGCGUUUGGUUCAGCCGCUAAAGAGCGUUAGCGUUCAGGAUGAUGUCAUGCAAAAGGUGUUGUGCAACAAUGGUAGUUCUAAAUUAAGUGUGACCAGUAGAGCAGUGGUGGAUAAUAAACCGUCGUUUCUGGUUUAGGACCGGUUUAACUACUACAUUCUAUUGGUGUUUUGUAUGUGCUUCCCAUCAUGUGAAAUUGCUCUGUUUUUUUUUUCUUUUUUCAAACAUGUGUAUUUAAUUUUAUGAGGUUAACAAAACCAACGUAAAUUAAAUAUGGUCAACUGUUA